AGUUUGUGCAUGAAAAAGUCAGAAUAAGUAAGAGUAAAAAAUGUGUUGUGUGAAAUUCAGUGUUGUCGUUUUUGUUUUAUAUUUUGUUUGUUUUGUGGGAAUUCAUGCCAAAGAAAUCCGGCAGGACCUCGCGUGCAGAUCCCAAUCGAAAUGCCUGAAGCUCCACGAAUGCCAACCGUACAUGGACCUGCUGAAAAAUCUGGGAAAACCCCUUAAACUGUCUGUCGUGGAAUUUCUUAGAGCCCAACAGUGCGGAUUCGAGGAAUUCGAACCAAAAGUUUGUUGCACGAAACUGCCGAAAAGUUUAAAGAUACUAAAGAAUUCGAGACCGAGUGUCAACUCAGGAAGAUUAAAUAAACUAAUGGUUAAAAAGAUCGAACAAAGUUUCUUGAUUACAAUUACUAGUACGAGUACCACAGUGAGGCCUGGUACUACAAAAAGAAGAAACCUUUUGACUGAGGAAGAACGCAGGAAGAAGACGGAAGCUAUUAACAAAACCUUUUCGUUAAAUUUUGUUGACUUUAGCAAUGACUAUGAUUUAUUUAGAAGAAGGAAAAGGUCUGGUGAUAAUAACUUGCUAGAUAUUGAAGUUAGAUAGACACAAGUUUAAUAAAUACCG